AUGCGGAACGUGCAGUGGCUGCUAGAUAACUAUGAGACAGCUGAAGGGGUCAGUCUGCCUCGCUCCACCCUCUACUGCCACUACCUGCUGCACUGCCAGGAGCAGAAGCUGGAGCCUGUCAACGCUGCCUCCUUUGGGAAGCUGAUCAGAUCCGUGUUCAUGGGGCUACGCACACGCCGCCUGGGCACCCGGGGGAACUCCAAGUACCACUAUUACGGCCUGAGGAUCAAGGCCUGCUCCUCUCUGAUCAGACUGAUGGAGGACCAGCAGCACCUGGCCAUGAGACAGCAGCCCUUCUCUCAGAAACAGAGGUUGAAGCCGGUGCAGAAGGUGGAGGGGAUGACCAAUGGCAUGGCGGCAGGCUCGGGCCAACAGCAGCAGCAGCAGGGGGCGGGGCUCUCUGACAUCAGCGCCCAAGUGCAGCAGUACCAGCAGUUCCUGGACGCGUCUCGGACCCUCCCAGACUUCCCUGACCUUGACCUGCAGGGGAAGGCCCUACCGGAGGGCAUAGAACUGGAGCACAUCAAGAGCUUCCAGCUGCUGUAUCGGGAACACUGUGAGGCUAUUCUGGACGUGACGAUCAACCUGCAGUUCACCCUGGUGGAGACCCUGUGGAAGACCUUCUGGAGGUUUGAAGAGAGCCAGAGUGGAGACACUGGCACACUGGCUGUACAUGAUGAGUCUGAGAAGCGCCUGCCUAAGGACUGUCUAGUGAUCCUGUGUAAGUACGACCCUGUGCUCCGCUGGAGCCGCGACUGUGACAACACCCUGUACCAGGGCCUGGUGGAGAUCCUCAUCCCCGAUGUGCUGCGGCCCAUCCCCAGUGCCUUAACUCAAGCCAUCCGCAACUUUGCCAAGAGUCUGGAGAGUUGGUUGACCAAUGCUAUGAUGAACAUCCCAGAAGAGAUGGUCCGCAUUAAGGUAACGUCAGCCAGUUCGUUUGCCCAGACGCUGCGCAGGUACACCUCUCUGAACCACUUGGCCCAGGCAGCCAGGGCUGUGCUACAGAACACAGCUCAGAUAAACCAGAUGCUCAGCGACCUCAACCGCGUGGACUUCGCCAAUGUUCAGGAGCAGGCGUCGUGGGUGUGUCGCUGUGAGGACCGUGUGGUGCAGCAGUUGGAGCAGGACUUCAAGCUGACCCUGCAGCAGCAGAACUCUCUGGAGCAGUGGGCUGCCUGGCUGGACGGGGUGGUCUCCCAGGUCCUAAAGCCCUACCAGGCCAGCGCCGCCUUCCCCAAAGCAGCCAAGCUCUUCCUGCUCAAGUGGUCCUUCUACAGUUCCAUGGUGAUUAGAGACCUGACUCUGCGUAGUGCUGCCAGCUUCGGAUCCUUCCACCUGAUCAGACUGCUGUAUGAUGAGUACAUGUACUACCUGAUAGAACACAGAGUGGCCCAGGCUAAAGGAGAGACACCCAUCGCUGUCAUGGGAGAGUUCGCCAGUCUUGGCAGGAGUUUGAACCCACUGGAUCCAGACAAAGAAGAGGAAGAGGAGGAGGAAGAGGAGAGCGAUGACGAGUGUCAGGAGCUGUCUCUGCCCUCUGACGGGGCGGGGCUGGGGGAGGAGUCUCUGGAGCCGCCUACCAAGCUGGCCAGAACCGACCAGAGAGUACUCUUCACUACGGGCCAGGACUGAACACACACACACACUGAUACACACAUGCACAAACACACUUCCAUUCACAGACGGACUUACACAAAUACUCACACAUAACUGCAUUGAUUGAUAAACAUUUGUAUACACACAUACACCAAGAUACCUUUGUAUACACUAAUAUGUACACUAGAGGUUGACACAGGAGUGAAAAUUCAUUCCUGUUCUGUCUUGUCCUGUAAAAAAUGUUUCCUGUAAUGCCCGGAUCCUGCAGCGUUUCUAUAACCCCGGAACUUUCCUGUCCCAUUCUGAUAAAUAUCACUCCCGUCUCAUGCAGAUUUUUACCCACAGAAAUCAUUUCUUCCGUUACGCCUCGAUCACACCAAUAGCGUCAUUGCAUUUUGGUACACCAGAUCUACAUUCAUUUCCACUGGAACACUGUGUUGCCUUGCAGCGUUGCAGAGGCAGUUGCAGUGCGUUCCGUGUGGUGGAAACGUUGGAUUUAUCAAACGUAUGCAUCAGACUGUAUGUGAAGACGGCCUGACAGAAAUGGUAGCAGAAGGUGAAGGUUGAACUUUUGUUGAACACAUCCAGAUGAUGCUGAGUACCAUUUUGCGUAAUGAUGCUAUCGUGUGAUCGGGGCGUAGAGUAGUGACUGGUUCCAACUGAAGCGAGGCGUGAGAGUGAGCUGGAAGGAAGGAAAUUAUCAUUAUAUUUAGAUUUUUUUCAUUAAGUGAACGAUAUUAGGCCUACACAGUUUAUUUUAAUUAAAUGCUCCACACAUUACCAUCCUGUGGAUUGUCGAUCCUGUGCUGUCCCGAACAUGACUCUAGAACUUCCCAUUCCUGACAGACCUGUUCCCAUGUCAACCUCUAAUGUACAGUUUCUACACACAUUUGAGUGUAGAUACUGUACACACACACACACAUGUUCAUACACUCAAUAAAAGUUUCUGCAGUCUCUACACAUAGAUGCUGACCCAUCAGUACACAGACACACACAGACACAGUCCCAAUAAGGUCUGUAUGGCACAAGUCUGCUGUAAGCACAGAUACCACACAUGCAUGGAUGGGCACACAAUCACCGGUCUGGCAUUGCUGCACAAAGGACACAGGGUGAACUUACACACAUACACACACACACACACACCGACCCAUGGAGUGAAGAGAAAGUGUUUGUUGUCACUUGAAUGGAUCUGUGUAUUGAACAAGGACCUGCCAUGUUUCUCUGUAUUGAUGUCACUGGCUAACAAGAGGGCAGCGCAAUGUACAUGCCAACCUAAACUACCCUCCAACAACUGUCUGCUGUACCAAGGUGGUCCUGAAGAUGUGACGGUUAACAGUUUGUCCUCCCUUACCCAACCCUUCUGUAUAGGGAGGAACAGAGGGAGGAAGAGGAAAUGGCUGCUUACGAUUCUACAGUUCUAAAUUGUUCAUUUAGCUCUCACUCUCAUGUCAAUCAAAGCCCAAGAGCCAGUCAGAAGGAGAUGGGACAUGUGGGUGACAGCAGAUAGACUGUAAAGAGAGUUGUUGUGUGUGUGUGUGUUUUUGAUGCCCGUGGGGUGUGUGUGUUUUUGAUGCUCGUGGUGUGUGUGUGUGUGUGUGUGUGUGUAUGCUGGGGUCCUACUGCUGUGCUGUAUUUUUAGGGUGCGAUUGAACAUGCGUGGAUUUAUGUGAUUGUGUGUGUGUGUGUCUUGUAAUGUGUGUCUGGUUGUACGAUUGUUGAGUCUGUGCUUGAGAAGAAGUGUUGACUGUAUAUUUGGUGGAUAUUUUCAAAGGCAUUCAAAAUCAUUUUGGGUGAAUGUUUUUAUUGGUUCUUUUUAAUUUGAUUUGUUCCUUUCCUGAAAAAGAGUGUCAUGGUUUUGGGGGUUCCUGUUACAACCACUCACACACGCACACACAGUAAGAUAAAACCCUGGUUGAAAGGUGUUUCCAUGUCAACCCCACAGAUGUGGCACAGUAGUCCCACGAUUUCUCUCCACUGCAGUGUCCAUCUGCCUCUGCUGCUGAAUGUGCAGUUCUGUAAAGAGAGAUCAGUUCAAUAUAUAUUCCUGUUUGUGUUUAAGUGCUUCAUUGCCAUCUGUUUUAUUGGUUUCUGUUGAGACCUUUGUGGCCUCUUGUUGUCCACACGUCAUUGCGCCAGCCUUAUUUUUUAUGUUUGUUUAUCUUUUUCAUUUCUGCACCAGACAUUUCUGAUUUCAAAUAAUUACUUUGUUUACAUAUUCCAAGAAGGACUGUGCUGGACUGAGUUAAAAUGCGAUAAUAUAAUUAUAUAUAUAUAUGCGUGUCACUCUAUUUCCUUUUCAUUGUCACAAAGUGAACCUUUCUUGUCUGGUGAUGUGGUGUCAAUCUGUCACACACUAAGUAUAUUUUGUGUGUAUGUGUAUUUACUGAGAGUCGUUAUUGAGUGUGAGUGUGUAUGUUUGAUUUCAGUUCUCCUCAAAUGAGCUCUCCAUACAUACACGCACCAAGGGUCCUGCUUCGUUUGCACAGUCACAGUCAAUGACUGUCCUUUUAUAUGGUGAGAUGUCAGUAGCCUGAUCCCAAAUAUGUUUGUACUAUCUUGCCAACUCCUGGUUUGACAAUGACCAUAUAAGUUGGCGAGACAGCACAAACUGAUCGAGUACCAGGCUAGAAUAUAACAGUUCUGCCUAUUUAUCACAGACCGUCUCCAAUUCGAGAUCCCUAUAGAUCUCUGUCAUGUACAGUACUGUAUAUCUGUGUCUGAUGUAAUCGCAGCACACAGGUGUAAGGUAUUCUGAGGAAGACCCUUACAGUCGGUGCCAUUGUUGUAUGGGUUUAGCAUGGUCCCAGAUCUGUUUGUGCUGUCUUAUAGAAGUUGGACAAGCAGAUCUGGGGUCAGGCUCGAUGUGAAACGAGACAGGGGAAUCAGACACCCUUCCUCUACAUCUCUCAUUCUGUCUCACUCGUUUCCUUCCUGCUAAUGUUUUUCUGCUGUUGUUUUGUUGUUGAAGCCAUUUUCAUAGAACAUUGUCCACCACGAUCAGUUCGGUUGUUGAACAUGUAUUGUAUGAACAUUUCAUUGCAUUUUAGUGUCACAAGAAUGUUUUCAAAGGCAGCAAUGCAUAUCUUGAGCACGCAGCGUGGACCUCGAAACCAGCAUGUUUAACACUGGGGUGUCUGCUGCUACCACAGCUGAUGAUAUAUCCUCCCAUGUCCUGCGGAUCUCCCUAUACGAUGGCCAUUCUUUUCCAGACAAAAAUGUUUGUCAUUUUUAUAGAGUUCAGUUUCUUACUUCUAAAAACAAAAACGAUAUUGUGUGGCAGUGUUUUAUGAAUUUGGUCAAAUACACGUAUGACUGUGCCUUUGGGAGGUUGUAGAAUGCACUUCAAAUGUUUUUAAUUUUAAAGAUAUAAAAUAAAUUAAGAAUUUUUUAAGUUGUCA